CAGUUACGGGUUACCUACUCAAGAACAUGCACAUGUGUUUUGAGCAGAUGCGAGUAUUCGUUCUACGCGUCGACUCGUUCUUCGCGCCAACGCGCCACAGCAUGAUCAAUACCAGGCACACGAUGCACAACGAGUGCUUGGAAAAGUGGCUGCGCAAGAGCCAUUUCUGCCCCAUGUGCCGCGGCGACUUGGAGGACGCCCAGUCUCUCUAUCCAGUGGUUCCAGAGAGCCAGCGAGGAAAUACGUUGCUCGUCCAUUACACGUACCUACGCUCUUUGUCGGCUCUCUUAUCAAUUCGCCUUUUGCUUGGCAUGUUCUUCUUCCUCGUUCCACUCUCUCUCUAUCUCUCUCUCUCUCUCGGCGUCUGCAGAAUCAGAGUGCACGUCAAGCAUCUGCGAUCGGGACGGUUUUGGAUUGCACCGUUUUUUCCUGUCCGUGCGAAGCGCCAUUUGUGUCAUCUUUGCGAUGUCGGCUCGGACGUCCAUUGUUGACGCCGCCAAGCAUAGCGAACCCGACCUCGGGGGCCAGGUUGCGCUCGUGCUCUCGACUCGGCCCUGACACGAUCGAGUGCAGAUGCGGCGAAUGAGUCCGUGGCGACUCGAGCCAUAACAGCCGUGCAAACAUGCACCUGGGAGGGCCGCCUAC